AACCAUUAACCUUUAAAAAAAUAUAGGACCUUAACUAGGUACAGUCAAGUGCCCAUACUUGGGACAUAUCCCUAAUUUGGGACAAUUUGGGAUGAUUGAUUUUUCAUAUUGGCAUACCUGAUAGCACUCUGUCAGUCUGUAACAGAAAUGUUUACUUUGUAGUGGGGAUGUGUAGCUAUCACAUGGUGUGUGUAUAUAAAGAUUUGGUACACUCUUAGAGAUUCUGUAUGGAUCACUGAGGAAAUAUGGCUACAGCUGUUAAAAAAGUUUAUCAUAAUUUUGACCAAGACACUCUUGAACGUGCUGCUAAAGCUGUUAAUGAUGGCAUGAGUUAUAGAAAAGCAGAACAAAAAUUUGGAGUCCCUAAAUCAUCCAUACAACGCAAAGUUAAAAAUGUACAGCAACAUCCAUAUGGUCGCCCUCCUGUUUUGAGUGAAACAGAAGAAAAGCAGAUCGCUGAAUACUUGGCUUUGGCAGGGGAGUGGGGAUUUCCCCUUACAGCUUUUGACAUCAGAUGUAUAAUCAAAAAAUACCUGGACAAGAAGGGCAUGGUCGAACCUCGUUUCAAAAACAAUUUGCCAGGAAAAAAGUGGAUUAAAUGUUUUCUGGCCAGGCAGUGUGUGCAAUUGAAAUAUAGAAUGUGUACUAACAUUAAAAGAUCCCGGGCGGCAGUUACUCCUGAAGCUAUACAGGCAUACUUCGAGGAAUUGUCUGUUUCACUGGCAGAUGUUCCAGCAGAAGCUAUACUGAACUACGAUGAGACGAGUAUGCAGGACAACCCUGGACAGGCUAAAGUGGUUGUAAGAAGAAAAUGUAAACAUCCAGAAAGAAUAAUUGAUUUCACUAAGUCAACUUUUUCUGUAAUGUUUUCCGGUUCAGCUAGUGGUGUGGCACUUCCACCCUAUGUGGUGUACAAGGCUGAGAACUUAUAUGACACAUGGACUGAAGGUGGACCCCCUGGCACAAGAUAUAAUAGGAGCAAAUCAGGUUGGUUCGAGGGCAAUAUAUUUCAGGAUUGGUUCCUAACAAUUGCUCUACCUUACCUCAAACGGUUAGGUGAUGGGCCAAAAGCUGUCAUAGGUGAUAAUUUGGCCAGCCAUAUUUCUGCAACAAUUCUGAAAUUAUGUGUUGACAACAACAUUCGUUUCAUUAUGCUGCCACCCAACAGCACCCACAUAUGUCAACCCUUGGAUUUGGCUUUUUUUAGCCCUCUUAAAACAGCAUGGCGGAAGCAGUUGACUGAAUGGAAGAUGAAAAACAAGGGGUCAGUAAGAAAAGAUCAGUUCCCUAGGCUUUUGAAAAAGACUUUGGAUGCCAUUGGUGAUAACAUUUCCACAAAUUUGAAAUCUGGAUUUAAGAAGAGUGGCAUUUUCCCUGUGGACAAGCAGAAGGUUCUUGAAAGCUUGCCAAGCACAUCAUCUGCAAAUGAAAGUGAUGUAGUAACUGCUACAGUAGCAUUGAAGUCUUCAUUUGAGGCAUUCUUACAACAAUCACGUGAAAAAGAAACAGGUGUAAAGCAAAGAAAGAAAAAGUUAAUCGUGAAUGCGGGGAAAAGCUUGGCUGCACAAGAUGUUCUAGAUGAAUUGCAGAAACGUUCACAGCCAAAAAGUAAACAAACCACAAAGCAGCAGAUAAACACGGGUGAGAAGGAAAAGUCCAAAGUGAAGAAAAAGAGAGGUUUGUGUCAAAAUAUUUUAAAACAAUCAGUUAAGAAAAUGAAAAUGAAGCAGAAAAGUGACACUUCUGAAGACAGUGAUUGCGAAAUUUCUCUACAUGAUAGUAACUCGUCAUUCGGUGAAGAUUUCUCGACACUGUUUGAUGAUGACAUUCAAGAAAUGCUAGAGAGGGAAACAUUAAGUGAGCAGAAAAUGGUUUAUGAAGAUGUUGAACCAAUAGAAACUGUUGAUAUUUGUGGACAACAAGCAGCGACCUCCAUGAAAGAAAAUGAUUUUGUUGUUGUUGAAGUUACUUAUGACAAAGGGAAAAAAUAUGAAUGUAAGAAAGUGUUCAUUGGCAAAAUUGUAGACAAGAAAAAUUCAAGAUACAAAGUAAGCUAUAUGAGAAACUAUUUAGGAUCAAAAGACGUGUUUGUUUUCCCAACUGUAGAGGAUAUCGAAGAUGGUGUUCCUAUUCACAGGAUUAAAAAGGUGAUCACACCCCAGAGCGAAAAUAGAGGACGAUUCAAGUUUCUUUUUUGAAAUGCAUUUUGAUGCAGAGUUCCUCCUAUCAAAAAGACUGGAAAAAAAGACUGAAAUGUUACAUAACUGUUUUGUUUAUAUGUAAGCAAAGCUAUUGAAAUAUUAAUACUAGGCUAUAUUUAUUAUCAAAUAAUUGUUGUUUAGUGAAUAGUCAUGUUGGGUGUCUAGAUGUAUCUCCAACCAUUACUUUAUAGCCUACUUUGUAAGCCAUUCUUUUUUAAACAAAAUUAUGUUGUCCUAUGUUAAAUUACAGGCUUCUUAGCAUGGUACACUGUGUGAAACACAUGAUGUCCCAAGUUAGGGGUAGUGGUUCCUUACUUGGGACAACACUGUUUUUCACUGGUGGGGAGGAGAGGGAAAGCUUUUUCGAAAAAACAUUUAAUUAUUCAAAAAGUACUAAAGUCCUUCAGAAACAAGUCAUGCACUAUUUGUGCUUUAAAGCUUAAUUUAUUAUGUUUAUUUGAGUUCAAAGUUCAAAACUGUCCCAAGUAUGGGGACUUGACUGUACUC